AUGUUUACCGGACUUGUUGAAACCAUCGGCACUGUCGCUGCCCUCGAGGAGCUUGAUAAGACGGCGUCCGGAGGCGGCGGCACGUCAUUGACUAUUUCCGACUGCGAGGACAUUUUGGGCGAUGCGCACUUGGGCGACAGCAUCAGCGUCAAUGGAACGUGUCUGACCGUCACCGAGUUCGAUAAGAAGUGGUUCAAGGUUGGAUGCGCGCCUGAGACGCUCCGCCGCACGAAUCUGGGCUCGCUGAAGCAGGGCUCCAAAGUCAACCUCGAGCGUGCUGUCUCUGCGGCCACGCGCAUGGGCGGCCACUUCGUGCAGGGCCAUGUCGACACCAUUGCAACGAUCCAGUCGGUCACGCCUGACGGCAACGCCCUCACGUUCCGCUUCAAGCCGCGCGACUCCGCUGUGCUGCGCUACAUUGUUGAGAAGGGCUAUGUCACAAUAGAUGGAGCGAGCUUGACCGUCACAAAAGUGGAGGACGGCCCUGAGGGGUGGUGGGAGGUCAUGCUCAUCGCCUAUACGCAGGAGAAGGUCAUCAUAGCCAGCAAGAAGCCGGGCGAGGAUGUCAACGUCGAGGUGGACCAGGUUGGGAAGUAUGUGGAGAAGAGCGUGGCUGGAUACUUCGAGGACGGUUCCAAGGGCGAGUUUGCUAUAUUGGAGAAGAUGGUCUCGAAGCUCGUCGACGAGAGGCUGAAGGCUCUGGGUAAGUAA